UGAAAUUAAAGAAAAAAAUAGCCCAAAAAUAAGUAGCACCAAUCCUCUUCCAGUCGGUUGAUUCGCGCAUUCAACAGGUAGCAAACAGCAGGCAAAUCAUCCGGACUCAACAGGUCACGCCGGUCUCCGCCUUAAUCCCCGACCUCCACCGCGCGACGUCUCGACGCCAUUUCGUGGCCAUCCGGACGCUACCUUCUCUCCUCAAUCUGCGAUUCGCUAAUCACCUUGUGGUCUUCACUCUUCUUGAGAUGUCAAUGUUAGAUCUGCCCAUGGGGUCAAAAGCAUAGCAUCAAGAUGGUUUACACAGAUUUGAUCAUUUCACGCUGGGGUAAUUAUAGAGAGGACAUGUGAAACAAAGAAGCGAAGUCAAUUUCUCAGUUGUCGCAGUUGGAAAAAUGCUAAUUCAACUAGAGGGUCCAAAACAAUAUUAUGCUACGAGCAGUCUUGUGCUGGGAUAUGCUUUAUGUUCUAGCUUGCUUGCAGUGAUCAACAAGUUUGCAAUCACCCACUUUAACUACCCAGGGCUUCUUACAGCUUUACAGUACUUGACUUCAGUUUUGGGAGUUUGGGGUUUGGGGAAGCUAGGGUUGUUGCACCACGAUGCGUUCACAUGGGAAACCGCUAAGAAAUUCUUGCCUGCAGCCUUCGUUUUUUUCUUGGCAAUAUUCACUAACACAAAUCUCUUAAGGCAUGCUAAUGUGGAUACAUUCAUAGUGUUCAGAUCAUGUACGCCCCUAUUGGUUGCCCUUGCUGAUACAGCUUUUAGGAAGCAACCAUGCCCCUCAAAAUUUACAUUUUUAUCACUGGUCAUUAUUUUGGGAGGUGCCAUUGGAUAUGUUGCUACUGACUCCGGUUUUACAUUGACUGCAUAUUCUUGGGCAUUUGCGUAUCUGGUUACCAUUACUACUGAGAUGGUUUACAUUAAACACAUGGUUACGAAUCUUGGACUGAAUACUUGGGGAUUUGUGCUUUAUAACAAUUUGCUCUCGCUGAUGAUGGUUCCCCUUUUUAUGAUUAUCACAGGAGAGUAUGCAGACUUGUUUGCAUCUAUAGGGAAUUUGUUCGACUCUGUUGCUCUCUUUGCAGUAUUGCUAUCUUGCGUGUUUGGCUUGCUCAUUAGUUUCUUUGGAUUUGCUGCGAGGAAGGCAAUAUCUGCCACUGCUUUUACUGUGACGGGUGUCGUGAAUAAGUUUUUGACAGUCACAAUUAAUGUUGUCAUCUGGGAUAAGCAUGCUAGUCCAUUUGGGCUGCUAUGCUUGCUCUUUACUAUUGCUGGUGGUGUGCUUUAUCAACAGUCAGUUACUCGGAGUAGCAGCAUUCCACCUCAGAGGGAAAGUAAGAACACCCAUAGCAAUAAUUUUGCAGAUAAGGGUGAGGAAGAGUGCGUUUCUCGCAAAGUAUCUGCGGGAUGAUCCCUUUUAGCAUGCUACAACUAUUCUCAUUAUCUUCAUAUCCAUCAUUCUAUGUUGUUAUGAAAGGUUACGGGGCAUUCAACUUUUCUUUCAUUAGACUUCAUUGAAUUUCACAUUUUCACGGACUUCUCUUGUUACAAUUUGUGGUUUUAUGUGAGCUCAUGCUGGUUGUUUAAAAUUUUAAAAUAUAAAUAAAAGCUUACAUUUAUUUAUUGGUAUAAAGUGAAUUUAGUUUUUUCUCGUGAGAGA